AUGAAAUUCACAACGACCAUCCUCUUCGCCCUCACAGCCCACCUCCAGUCCACCCUCGCCGGCAUCGCCCCUACCGCCGCCGAAGAAUGCGGCGACCUAGGCGUCAUGUCCUACACGGCCUCCUCCCUCGACAGCAGCGUCGACCCCGCCAACAUCCGUAAGUGCAGAGAGCAUCCCCGGACCCUCAAAGGCGGCUCGUCCCCGAACCUGCAGGCCCGCGAGUGCUGGUUUGGCGAUGAGUACGGCUGCAGCAAGGGCUACUGCUGGGAGUCGUGUGACAGGGAAAAGGGAACCUGGUGCUGGGCGGCGUGGAAUGAAGGACACGGGAACUGGCGGACUUGUUCUGGUAAGGAGCAAUGCAGGCCCGCGGAGCAGUCUGCUUGUGGGAAAGAUUGUAAAGAUGCCAAGGAGUGUGGAUGUAGCUGUCACUGAGAGAUUUUGGAUCAGCCAAAUGGUCUUGUUUUACCUGUCUUUACCUCUUGGGAAUAUUGAC